AGAUUAGUAAAACAGAUUGUGGUUUUUGUAAGGAGUGAGUGGUGUAUAUCUGUCAAUCUAAUGACUUUAAAAGCGUAAAUGUGUGAAAUUAAGGAUUAUUCCAUUGAACUAAAGGAUAUUUAUAACAGUAAAUAUUCGUGGUUCGCAGACAUGGAUUUGUACAUCACGGAUUCACUCCAGGACAUGCUGGACAUGGAUAUCAAAAAUGAAAUUGCCACAGACCUUAGCAGUAUGACGGACUUUGCAGAUACCUUAGGAUCACACUUUUCCGAGUUACCGCCUUUAUUAGACAUGGACACCGAUAAUUCGGCAACUUGGCUUAAUAAUAGUUCUAGUUUUGUGCAUAAUCUGGAUUUGUAUGGUUCAGAAGCAAAUGCAGUAAUGGUGAAUCCCAAUUCUGUGAUGCCAUCGACAUUUGUUGAAACUCCCGUUAAAAAUAUAGUGAAAGAGGAAGCUUCAAAUUUGUUGCUGACAUCGGCCGCAAAUGACGAUUUAAGUAAUAAUAGCAUAUCACUUCCCAGUCCCAAAGAAGAAAAAAGUCACUUAACGUUUUCGCCCAAUGCGAUAAAAGUAUCAAAAGUACAAGAACCAGAAAAACCAAAAGUAAAGGAGAAUACCGAAUUAGAAGAAGCUACGCAAAUGGUCAUUUAUGUACGGAAACAAGAAAAAAAUGUUGUAAAAGAUUUGAUCAAAGACUUGGACAAAUCAAAAGUAUCAAGUAUAACUACACCUACAACAGUACGAAUUAAAAGUCAGCCAGAAAUAAUUAAAGUUAACAAUAAAAGUUGUUCUAUUUUAAAUACGAAUCAAAAAGUUGCACAUUCUUUAGGAACUAAAACAAUUAUUUCAGGCAAUAUACACAUCUUGGAUCCACAACAAAUAAAUACUAGAACAAUUUUAGGUAAUGGUAACAAAAAUCAAGCAACAAUAUUAAUUGACAACUCGUUAAAUAACAAUAGACAAAUAAUUAAAACUUCAGUAAAUGGUGGUUUCACGUUAGAUACUAGUCAUACGAAGUACAUUGCUUCUAACAAAACUAGUGCUGGCGAAUUCCCUAAACCAGCAUACUCGUAUUCAUGUUUAAUAGCAAUGGCGCUAAAAAACUCCAGAACAGGUAGCCUACCUGUAUCUGAGAUUUAUAAUUUCAUGUGUCAACAUUUUCCUUACUUUAAGACGGCACCAAAUGGGUGGAAAAAUUCUGUUAGACAUAAUCUAAGUUUGAACAAAUGUUUCGAAAAAAUUGAGAAGCCAUCAACAAACGGAAGUCAAAGAAAAGGUUGUCUGUGGGCUAUGAACCCAUCAAAAGUAGGAAAAAUGGACGAAGAAGUACAAAAAUGGUCACGGAAAGAUCCGCAAGCAAUUAAAAAGGCAAUGGUUUAUCCAGAAAACUUAGAGGCUUUAGAAAGGGGAGAAAUGAAGUACAGCGGAGUAAGCGCCGACAAUGACGCUGAUGAUGAUGCAGAUGUUGAUCCUGACACGGAGUUAGAUGCAGAUGUCGAAAUAGAUCCUGAAGUUAAAGAAGAAGUGGAAGAGGAGGAAGCUAUUAUAGAACAGGAGGUGUCCGAUCAGGAGUUAGAAGUUGAAGAAGUAGUGGAAGGCACAGGUAUGGUCGGUGGCACGUACCGAUUACUAGCGACCGGGCCUUCAUCACUUACCUCAUAUAUUACUGACGUAGAAUCUGGUGAAGAAGUUAGUGACAUUGAAAUUUUAGAUCAAUCAUAUGAAGAAAUCGACAUUGAUGUCACAAAACCAGUAAAAUUGGACUUAUCUAUGACGGAAAAUUAUACAAUACAUCCAACUAAGCGAGCUAAAACAAGUUUCAUAUAUCAACCUGUAACAACUCAGACGCACACUAGUAGAAGAAAAACGCCACUCGUUAAUCGAGUUGCAUUAAUGUAAGCGAAAUUCCUAAAGAACUUAAAAGACUUGUAUUCAUAGAAAAUUGUGAUCAUAACGUUAUGGGGUCAACGAUAGAACAUAGCGUAGUCUCUCCAGUGAUUGUUCCAUUAUUAGGUAAAUCUUAGAUUACGUAAAAUAAUUCGAAUUAAUAACUAGCCGUGAAUGUAUCUCGGAAUUCUGAAUGUAUGGCAAUUGUAUCAAAUUCGAUCGUGAUAGUCGGUACCAGAUAAGUGUAUUUACAUGUUUUUACAAAAACUUAACACUUGUUACAUAUCUUACACUGUAAAAUAAUAUUAUUUGCUAAGUGACAAACCGAAAAAAGUGUUUCGAUAUUGAUGUGAUUACUAUUAUUAUACAUGUCACUAUUGAACACCGCAAAUUUACAAUUUUAAUUUAAUUUGAAUGAAUAUUGCCCAAUAGCGUUCAAUAAUUGGCGUUGGAAGCAAUGUUACGCACGUUACUUAAGGCUGAAGUACAAAGUUUUCGUAGGAACGAGCUGACCACUUUUAUUUUUAAUUUCCACCCAUUAAAUGUAUGUUUUUUUUGUUCAUUGUCAGUUCGUUUUUAUGGACCUUAAGUACUUACAGAAAACUGCUUGAAAUAACAAAGAACACAUAAAAUGAUGUCUUAAUCUAUCAGCAAACGCUAUAGCGGGUAUGUAAAGUUCCCACCGCUGAUGUAUGUAAAUAUUGUCUUUAUUUAUGUAUAUUAAUUACAUAUGAUUUGUUGUUAGUGGCAGCUUUCA